AUGGUGUACAUUGUUUGUUUGUUUUCUCUUCGACAGUUUUAUAUAUCGGAGGCGAGUCGCUUUGCCACCGUGUCAGAACUCAUUCAACACCACGAAAAAACGACCGAUGGGUUGGCCUGUCCCCUCAUCUACGCGGUCUCCAAGAAUGAUCGUCUCGGCGGCAGCAACAACACUCUUGACGCCGAUAUUGAUGAGUGGGAAAGUAACCGAACAGAUAUUGUCAUGAAACACAAAUUAGGUGCUGGUCAAUACGGCGUGGUGUACGAGGCCCUAUUCAAACCGCACAACAUUACCGUGGCUGUGAAAACCGUUAAGGUAAGCGUGCUGGCCACUUAUAUUCAGCCUUAUUUCGUCUUUUGA